CCCCCGUCAGUACAGUAGUGCGUCUGUUCAGACUCCCGUCAAAACACGCGCCGUCAGAAACUGGGACUUUCCUCUAUGCGCGUAGACGGUUCGCCAACGUCUUGUCCAAAACUCAGGGAUAGUGCUCUGCUGUAUUAAAAGAGGAGAGAGGGAGAUAGUUUGAAAGAGGAUUUUACGGUGGUCUCCAGUCCCUGUGUGGUCUGUAUGCACAAGGCGCGCCCGGCUGGCCAUUCUUCUGUUCUCCAUUGUUCGCUGCUCGCCAAUAGCGACACUGCCACGCGGGGAGGGCCGGAGGCGGGCAGCGGGACGGGUCGCGGGUUUCCUCGGGCGGCCUCGCCUCGGGCCCCGUACAGGCAUGGAGGACGCCACGCCGGACGAGUUCGCGGAUCCGCCCUACAAGGUGGAACACCGGCCCUGCCUGAUGCUGCACGUGACCGUCCUGAGGGGGAAGAACAUCACCAAGGGCUGGGCAGGCGACUUGGUGGACAUCCCGGACCCGUACGUGGCCCUAAAGCUGCACGGCGCGAUAGAAGGGAAGCGCCGAACGCGCCACAUCGAUAACGACGUGAACCCUGAGUGGCACGAGACCUUCACGUUCCUGCUGGACUCGAACCAGCGCCAGAAGUACAGCCUGGACAUCACGCUGUGGGACGCCAACUACACCAUCGACGAGUCGCUGGGAACCGUCACGUACGAGCUGGACGGCUUCAGGAUGUUCGAGGCGCGGAUAGAAACAUUCAGAUUCUACAGCACAUCAGAAGUCUACAUUAAAUUCGAGACAGAAUUAAAUCAGCACCCGGACCUGCGCUACAGUUUAGCUCUCUGUGACGAGGAAAAAAACUUCAUGGUGGCGCGGAAAAAGCGGGUCGGUUACGCCAUCCGGGACCUUGUUGGGGAGGAGAGGGGGCCCAGGCACUACAAGGAGGUGCCCCGGGUGGCGGUGCUGGGGUCCGGCGGCGGGUUCCGCGCCAUGAUCGGGAUGGCGGGGGCCGUGAAGGCGCUGUCCGACUCCGGCGUGCUGGACUGUGCCACUUACCUGGUGGGGUUGUCAGGGUCCUCAUGGUACAUCUCCACACUGUACUCCCACAAGGACUGGCCGAAAGCGCCGCCUGGCGAUCUGCAGGAGGAACUGAAGCACCACGUGGACUCGAGCCUGUUCUACCUGCUGAAGCCGCACCUGCUGUACCGGUACACGGACGCCAUCAUGCGGAAACGGAACUUAGGGCAGCCUGUCAGCUUCACCGACUUCUUCGGACACCUGGUUGGCGAGACGCUCAUCAAAGAUAGACUUGACUUUAAGCUGUCGGACAUGCAGCAGAAGAUCCAGGACGGCCAGGCGCCCAUGCCGCUGUUGACGUGUGUACACGUCAGACAUGACGUAGCAGCUCUCGUCUUCCACGAAUGGGUGGAGUUCACGCCGUACGAGGUCGGCAUGGCGAAGUACGGGACCUUCAUGCGCACCGAGCUGUUCGGCAGCAAGUUCUACAUGGGAUGUCUGGCCAAGCGGUUUCCAGAGGCGCCGCUACACUUCCUCAUGGGAAUCUGGGGCAGCGCUUUCACCAUCCUGUUCAACCGUCUGAUGAUGGAAAAGAAAAGCGAACCGGAGGAUCUGCAGAAGGAGCUGGAGGAGACGUUAGCGCGGGACGCGCAGAGAGAGAAGGCAGAGAAGAAGAAGCUGGAGAGGACAAACAGCUUCCUGGAUGACGACAGCGAGAGCGACGACGACGAGUUUUGUCAGCAGAGCUCGGCAGACGGCCGGCAGAAGAAGCCGUCCCAGACCGGGUUCUACAAUAACUGGCUCAUGUCGGUGUUCACCGGGUCCUCGCUCUUCGCCACACGCGAGGGUCGCGCGGGGAAGGUUCACAACUUCAUGCGGGGGCUCUCCCUCAACAACACAUACCCCAUCUCCCCAUUCACACCCCCGCCCAUACGCAGGCAGGCAUACGCACUGCCGAACCAGUCAAUCGCCACAGAAGACGAGUUUGACGGCAUCCACGAGCCGCUGAACGUGGAGGAGAAGAAGCUGUACAUGGUGGACGGCGGCUUGACCUUCAACUCGCCCUUCCCGGCCGUCCUGCGGCCGCAGCGUGACGUGGACCUCAUCAUCUCGUACGACUUCAGCGCGCGGACCAGCGACUCCAGUCGGCCCUUCAGGGAACUGCUGCUAGCCGAGAAGUGGGCCCGUAUAAACGGAGUCCCGUUCCCGCCCAUAGACACCAGCGUGUUUGACCGAGAAGGGAUGAAGGAGUGUUACGUCUUCAAGCACCCCACAGACGAGAAGUGCCCCAUCGUCAUCCACUUCGUUCUCGUCAACAUCGAGUUCAGGAAGUUCUCAAAACCCGGUGUAAAAAGAGAGACAGAAGAGGAGCUGGAGUUCGCGAACUUUGACCUGUUCGAUGACCCGAACACGCCCUUCUCGACCUUUAACUUCUGCUACCCGCACAAGGCGUUUGACAGGCUGGCGCAGCUCAUGGAGUUCAACACGCUGCUCAGUCUGGAUAUCAUCAAAGACAACAUAGCGGAGUGCGUACAGCGCAGGCGCAGAGGAGGCCCCAGGCCGAACCUUGACCUCGCUGACGUCAAGAGAAACUCCUUCAAGAAUUCCAAGAAGAAACUUCGACAGCUGAUCAGAACUUUCUCCAUCGACUCGGACACGUGAUGCCAUGGAGACGCCAAACAAACAAACAAACAAACAAAAUCAUUAUGCAACGAUUUUUGCAGGGACUAGAACAAAGUUUUGAUAUUAAUGCGAACAAUGUGUAAAAUUUAGUUUUAUAUAAAUGUCCUGUAAGUGUCAGUUCUAGCAAAGAUAAUUCAGAGGAACGUAAUACAAACUGUAUUUUAAUUGUGUAAUGACGUCAUCCUUACGUCAUCAGAAGUUGACGUUGAGUGAACAAUAGCGUAGAAUUAUGCAAACUCAGGAGUCGCUUUCUGUUUUAACUUAUUUUUCUUUAACAUAUUGUAUAUGUGUUAUAUAUUAAUUUCCUGUUGCAAUUUUUCAAGUUUUGGUUUCGCAUUUGUUAAUUAAAUCUUAGAGAGAGUUGCCUUGAAAUGUUUUACAAUCCCGUUAUCGUAGCGGACACUUACAGUGAGCGAGAUGGGGGGGGGGUGCCGAACUCGGGGACAGAGAUGACAUCGGGUCACUGGAUGACUCCGGACAACAACGAAAAAACAAACAAAAGCACACAAGUAGAAAUAUAACUCUAAUGUGCAUUCUAUUUUAUUUGGUGGGCCAACUACUCUCUCUUCGUGGCCAGGGGCUGAAUUGUGAGGAGUUUACAAUAGGCAGGGCUAAAUCGCAAGAAUCUGGAGCGGCCGCCAUUCGGCGCUAACUCAGGUGACCUCAAUACGACAACAUUGCUCCGUGUGCAGCCAAAGGGCUGUAGGAUUUGUACCGCUAUGAACCAGCCAUUGUAAGCUGUAAAUGCUGUAAUGGUAACUUACGUUGACCGUUGAAUUUCAAUGUUAUACAUUAUCAGUAAAUUGUGGAUUUGCAUAGGCGCCUAUCAUUAAACAGGAGGAAGUUUUUGCCAGGACGUUUUGAAAUGACACAUGUGAAUAUUCUGACGCCAGAUAUCUGCAUUUGUGAUCUAUUCUGACUUGAUAUUCUGUAAAAAAAAGCGCAUUUUAAUAAAGGAUUUAUCGCCACAA